GAGUUUGUGACUACAUCACUGCAACAAGUAUGCUUGCUUUAUGUUGAAGUGCUGCCCUCUAUGAUGAGGUAAAUUAGAUUUUACCAAGUGUCUAAAUGAGGCCCACAAAUCCAGAUACAUAAGGGGGGAAAUGGGAAACUGUAUGUUGCAACUGGAAAUUCCCCUCCAAACUGAUUCCAGCGUGUGAGGAGGAAGUGGAACUCAGCCUAACAUAUGAUGUAUGCACCUUGGCUUGCUCUGUGCUGGACUUUUAUGAGCUUCAGGUUGUUGCUGGUUGAUCCUAGCUGCUGUUUCCAGGCUCAGUCGCUGCUCUCUGCCCUCCCGAAGAUAAGGGUCCACAAGCAGGAAGGUCUAUAGAUCUGCCAAGAUUAAGUCAGAUAAUUACUCUGCCCUCAGUACUUCGUACUACAAGAUGAUGUAAGUGCUGAAGUACGUUUCCAGCCAACUGCAACAUGGGUGCAAAUACAUCCAGCAAAUCGCCAGCUUUUGAUGAAAAUGAAGAUGUCACCUUUGACCAUUUUGAAAUUUUGAGAGCCAUUGGAAAAGGCAGCUUUGGAAAGGUAUGCAUUGUCCAAAAGAAUGACACCAAGAAAAUGUAUGCCAUGAAAUACAUGAACAAGCAGAAAUGCGUGGAGCGGAAUGAAGUGAGAAACGUCUUUAAAGAGCUACAGAUCAUGCAGGGGUUGGAACACCCAUUCCUCGUUAAUUUGUGGUAUUCAUUCCAGGAUGAGGAAGACAUGUUUAUGGUGGUGGAUCUGCUUCUUGGAGGGGACUUGCGUUACCACCUACAACAAAAUGUCCGCUUCCAAGAGGACACUGUGAAAUUAUUCAUCUGUGAGAUAGCAUUGGCACUGGACUAUCUCCAGAGUAGAAACAUUAUCCACAGGGACAUAAAGCCUGAUAACAUCUUGCUGGAUGAGCAUGGGCAUGUGCACAUCACAGACUUCAAUAUUGCCACAGUACUAAAUAAGGAAAUGCAAGUUACUACCAUUGCUGGCACAAAGCCGUACAUGGCACCUGAGAUGUUCAGUUCUACAAAACCUAUUGGCUAUUCCUAUGCUGUUGACUGGUGGUCAUUAGGCAUUACAGCCUAUGAACUUCUUAGAGGCCGGAGGCCAUAUCAUAUCCGCUCCAGUACUGCGACAACUGAAAUUGCCCAUGUGUUUAAGACAGCCACAGUAAUGUACCCUGCUGCUUGGUCAAAGGACAUGGAGUCAUUAAUCAAAAAGUUACUGGAGAUAAAUACAGAAGAACGGUUUUCUCAACUGAGUGAUAUCCAAGACUUUGCUUAUCUGGCUGAUAUCAACUGGGAUGCAGUUCUGCAAAAGAGAGUACUGCCUGGAUUUCUUCCUACUAAAGGAAAGUUAAAUUGUGACCCAACCUUUGAACUUGAAGAAAUGAUUCUGGAAUCCAAGCCACUUCAUAAGAAGAAGAAGCGCCUGGCUAAGAAGGAGAAGGAAAGCAGCAAAAAUGAUUCCAUGGAGGCCUGUCAACUUCAGAAACAUCUGGAGUCACUCCAAAGGGACUUCAUCAUUUUCAACAGAGAAAGGAUGAGGCAACAGCAUAACGAAAUGCAAGAGAAUUUGACACUGGUACAAACCAAAGACAGCCAGGAAGAAGACGACCAGAAUAAUAAUCUUUGAAAUCUGCUUAGCUUCUGCUUCGGUGCUUCUACUGAAGGGUCAGGCUUCUAUUUUAGCUACUCCAUGGAGCUCGACAAAUAAAACUGCACACUGUUCUCAAGGCAAGGUAGACACCUUGCUUCCAGAUCAGAAGCAGAGUGUCUCCUCCUCCUUCCACCAUAAAGAGUUAGGGUCUAGUCUCCUGCCAUAGUAAAUAAGGCACAGAUUCUUAUGUUAUGCCUUUCCUGACCUUUUAAAAAGGAUUUGACCAUAAACAGGAAAGUAUAUAAUUUGGGGUUUUCCCCUGAAGGGAACAGUAGUGGAGGAAGGUCACGUUUACAUUUUCUUUAUGUAGCAUUUCUGUUGGCAGGAUGUCAGGUACUGAUUAUUGGGUUCAGUCAGCUGUCUGUAGGAAAGUGUAUAAAGUCUUUAUUAGGUGUUUUCUGGUUGGGUGGCUGUAUAGCUUAAUUGUUUCAAAGGGAUGGUCCUGAACUACAGUUGGGCAAAUACAAUGCAAUGGAUUCCACUGUCAAUGUCAAAGUUGUCAGUACCAGCAACUGCUGUGACAUAGAGCUUGUAGUCAGUGCCACAGCUCAAAAUAUAGUGAAGCGGAAUAUUCUUUGCUCUGGGAUUUUUUCCACGAUCUGCAGUAUGUGUUACGUAACUAGCAAUCUAGGAUUAAUCCAGUGUGGCUGCAAACGGGAGUGCUGACUGUUCCCAUAGAGCUGCUGUGCAGAUCAGAAAGGGACUUGGUGGCAAGUACAAACCAAAUUCCAGAGGAGUAGCCCUCUCAGUCUGCUGCAGAAACAAAGAGUUUUGUGGCACCUUAAAGACAAGCAGUUUUGUAGUAUAAAUUGCAAGAUGUAACUAAGACCCCUUCCACUAGAAUCUGCUUGUAGAUAGAACUCACCAGCAAGUGCAAUGGACAGCUACAGCCGUUGCCCAGGAAGUGGGAAAAGGGGAUGGAUUUAAAAGACUUGUUUUAAGGUUGUCACCCAUCAGGAACCUCCAGAGUGCGGGUUCCUCAGCUCCCUAGUGCUGAUUUAGUAAAAGGACAGUGUUGUCUGGUUCAUGGCCUGUAGCACAAUGGAGCAUCUCAUAUUGAGCUUAUGUGUGAUCUGCUGUUCGCUUUGUAGCAGUAGGCUGCAAUUGGAUAUAUUAUGCAUUCAGAUUGGCAAGGAUUUGCCAGAGGUCUGAGGUACGGUAAACUGGGAUGGGGGAAGUGUACCAAGCUUUAAAUUAUAUAAGCCUCCGCUUUGGAGCAUUACUAAGAAUAAUUCUUUAGGGAAAACAAACGUUGCAUGCACUGAAGAUGCACUUAAGUUUACCUCUGUUCCGCUUUACAUCUCUAGACCUCUUCCUCCUCCUUGGUCAAAGACUCUUUUUCUUUUGGCUGUAGUAUAGUGCAUAAUGUCUUUGAUAUGAAAAGCAAGUCCAGUCUCAAGUUGGAGUCUUUUCUGAGGCUACUUGCAACUGGAGUUAAAAUGAGCUGACUGCUUAUUCCACCACUCUCAGACCAGCUCCCCUCUAGUGGCCUUUCAUUUUCAGGUGUGCUCCCUUUGUGCGUAAAAUAUCAAAACUCUUCCAGCAAACAGCAGGCACUAUCCAGCUACAGCCGAGCACUUUCAAAUCUCAUUGAUUUCAAAGGGAGAUUUAAGCUUUGCUGGAUUGUGCCCAGCCUCUUUCAAGUUUUAAUUAACACAUCUUGAAGCAGGGCAUGGCAUCAUCAUCCCUUUGCAUCACCCAGCAAGCAGUCCUGACUUUGUAUUAUGGACACACUAGGCACCUUCCACAUACAAAAAACAAUCUCAUUUGUCCAAAAUGUGGUUUUGGACUAUGCAGUUUAUCUUCAUGCAUUGGGAAACAACUGUGUUUGAGGGAGAGUCUGGUCAGCCUCUCUUUCUUUCCAGGCUGUUUGAAAUGGUACAAUUGCUAUCUUGGGGACUGAAAUGAAGAGACAGAUGUUCUCUUACAUCCCACUGGCUCCAUUACACACUACUCUUUUAUGUGUACCCCCUGCAGAAAAUAAUCCUCCAUUUAUUUUCCAAUAAAACGUUUUGGCUCCCUUCCAGCAAACAGAGCAGACCCAGGUAGCUGGCUACAACUCAGGCUCCCAGCUGCUUGAGUCCGAGACCAACCAACAGGCUAAAGAACACUAAGCUCUCUGGAGAUCUAACAGCUCCCAAAGCAGAUCAUGUUGACACGGCAUUCUCCCAGGAACAGAGGUGAAACAGUUUGGGAAGGCUCAGGGAUCUACAUGGUGACCUCAGUUGUCUGAUGUGAUCACAUUUGGGUAGGGCCCAGCAUCCUAUCAGGUUCGUUCUGUAUUCAGUCUGCUGUUCUCUGCCUGGCUUCCAUAUGUAGCUCCUUGGAAGUCCUGCAAAAGAGAACUACAAACCACCAGCCAAGCACAGUAAGCAGCAUAGAUACCAAUUAUCUGAAUAUGCUCUAAGGCUGCACUGUACUUUAUCUUGUAUAGCUGGGGUAGCCAACUGCUGGGCCCCAGGCUGCAUCUUGCCCCUGCCAUCAUUCCGUCUGGCCUGCUGCACCAGACUGAAUGGUCAAGGCAUUGCUGCUCACCUGUCAGGAAGAUUGGUCCUUGCUCCCCUGAGGCAUCAAGAAAUCUACAACUAGCCCCCUAGUGCUGAUUUUGCUCCACAUUCCAGACAUCACCAGCACCAUAUAGUGCUGUACGGGCACACACUGCACUCUAGCUCCAUUCGUGUGACAUCCCAUCCCCAGGUAGUGCCAGGAGAGUAGACCUUCUUAAGAUAAUACUCCAUUUUGACAGCAAAGGAAAACUAAGAUAGAUUAAGUCCAUAAAAUAGGGCAUUAUCAUAGUUGGACAAAGUUUUGCACAGGCCAGCUUAAAAGGUAACAGAAAACCAUGGUUUCCUGCAUGUAAAUGAGCUUCUGCAAACCAUGCAUUCCCUUCCACACACAAAAGUGGGAAAUCAUCACUGAAGUAAACCACAGUUCAGCCUGCCUGACUUUUGGAACCAGUUUGCUUCAAAUCACAGUUAAUAAGUAAACCACGAUCUGAAACCACAAGUUAAUCCUGGUUUCUUUUUUUGUGAUUUGACAUAUACUAUAGUUCUUGAAUUCAGAUGUGAUGCAGAACUGUGGUUUACUACAAAAGAGAAGUACAAGCUUUCCCUCUCUCAGAUGCAAGAGGAAGAAAGUGAAAGAGCCUACAUGGGCUCUCCCCAUAGACAAGCAGGGAGCUUGCCCUGGGCCACCAGAUUGGCCACCCACACGACUACCGGUAGGGGCAGUGGUGAUCAAGGGCUGCCCGGCCCCCGGAAGUCCCAGGAUGCCCCCACGCAAAUGUGCGGAGCAUUCUCUGGAGACCCCUGAGGCCGAGAAGCUUGUUGGAGCCUCCCGGUCGGGGGUCUCCUCGUGAGUCGCCACGGCACAGAGCAAAACAUUACAAAAACAAUACAGCUGCUUCAAUAGCCUGAGACGUUACGUACUGCUCUGCAACUAAUCUGAAUGGAAAGCCAGAUGGGCAGUAAGAAGACCACACACACACACACACACACACACAAUUUGGAUUGCCAGCAAACCCCUGGCCACAACUACUGUUCCCCCACCCAUGCAUAUCCUCUUGCCUCUGAUGGCAAACUGGUGGGUCCCUGGAACCAUCCUCCACUGAACCUGAAAAACAAUGGUUUUUCUUCCUUCAGACUUCAAGCACUGGAUCUUCCUGGAGGUAAGGUUUAGCCAUCGGAUUAAUGUAUUGCCACGUAUUAGUCCUGCAAAAGAUUUCAGCAAGACCACCACUGCAAGUGUUCACAGUCUCACGGUCAGAAGGACGGUGUUAGCAGAGCGCUCACUCCGUUCACUUUGUUUAAGGGGAGGGGUGCUUAGUGCGGUUUGCUGCAGGGAGUUGUGUGGCUCCCAUUGCAGCAUAUGACCACAGGAAAUCCGGCUAGGCUCCCUUAGCCUGCUUCCCUGCAGUCAUGAGAAAAGAGCCUCCCUGACUCACAGAGGCUUGACAAUCUGAACUGAAAUGCUUGCCACUUAAAAAAAAAAAAGAUACUGUGCCUGACUUGUUAGUGUGGAACACUUACAACCCGCUCUCACCCCAAGUGAUGCCACAGGCACUACUGAAUAGAGUCCACCCAGCUCUCACUUUGAAAACAGGCAUACUGGUUUGAGAGGGGGAAACCUUUUCCUCCAGAAUACAGUGGUUUGAGUGAUGGGAAUUUUAUUUCCAGCAAUAGAAGCAGUAAGUGGCAACUCCAUUUAUUGUGCAAUAAAACAAUUUUAUAAAGAUCUUGUGUCUAAUUUGUAUCCCAGCAUAAUUUAAAACUUCUCAGGCACUGUAACACAGAGGUUUAGGGGCACUAAUAUUAACACACUGAGGCAGUUUUUCAGAUUUGAAAGCACAUGUGCUGCUGGUUAACUUUAUUUUUAUUACCCAUCUUUAUUUUUAUUUCUGAAACCCCUUUGGAAACUUUUGUUGAAAAGUUGUAUAUAAUUAUUUGUUGUUGUUGUAGCAGUUUAGGGGUUAGGCAAAGAAACUACAAUUGUUCCUCUUAAAAAGAUGCAGGAUUUCUGGGUGCGCUUUUGCUCUCAUUAUCCUUUUCAAGCAAUAUUGUAAGAAGAAUUUGACUGGCCCACUGCCAGAAUGGUUUAGCCAGCAAGAGGAAUAAAACUUCUGUACCUAAGUAAUAUGGCAACCAAUGCUCGGAUCAAGCUGAGUAGCUUCUUGCACAGGCGUGAAAGGCAGAAAUGCAUUUGUAUCUUUCCCACAUGUCACCACACAUAUAAGCAAAAGGUUAGGCAGCAAACUUUUCACUUGCAUAGAAAGGGGGUGGAGGACAAGUUUAAUUAUACAUAUUCUUAAUGGUUUAAUUAAAAUACACUGGACAUUUUUCUCUUCCAUUUUAUCAAUCCAUCAAUCUUUAUUAAGGACUCGGACCAGCGCAAGGUAAAAUGAACAUGUAACAGGUGAUAUUAAAAGUAGAUAAAAGCGAUAAGUGUCUAUGCCUAUUAGCAUAAAGACUGUAAGGCUACUAUGAAAUUACUGUAAGAUUAAAAACUAUGAAUGUCUGUAAAAAGCAAUAAAGGAGCUAUAAAAUUGCUAAAACAGCAUGUGACUAUUGAGUCAUGGUAGGGCUAAAAUCUAUGAGAUGGUGUUGAAAGUUAUAUGUUAUAAGCUAUAAAUUGCUGCAAUGCUAAAAUCAGUAAAAAAAAUAUAAACAGACUUAAAAAGCGAUAGGGCUGAAUGAUUGAAUAAGUUAGUACUUGCUGGUGGUCAGAGCCUGGCGAAUUCUGCAUGCUGCCACUCAGAACUUGGCAACAGUUUAUGUUCCAGAGGGAUUACAGUCAGAGUAGGGAGUCGUGAUAUUGGCCUGAGAGUCCUGGCAAGCUGUCAAGUAGCGGGAGAAUAUGGGCAUUUCGUAAGUCUGUCGAAUAGGCAAUGAAGGAGGACAUGCUCAGUUGUUUCAACUUGUCCUGAGUUACAGGGGCACAGGCGUUCCGGGAAAGGGAUGUUCCUGUGUCUUCCUUCAAGGACAGCCGAAGGAAGGGCGUCACAGCAAAUCAGGGUACCUGUGUAAGCUAGACGUUUUCUAAACAAUCUAUUAAACUUUCUAUAAGAUCCUUGCACU